ACCAGUCAUGAAGUUGUCAUUAUUUGACCUCCCCGUUUCAUGGGGAACUAUCCGCUCAUGAUAGGCGUAACAGUAUGAAUAUGAAAGAAGAAUCUCAGGUAGAUGGGGAGGUAAUAUUUUUCUUUAUGACUGAUGCUUAACGGACCAAGGAGAGACUGCGGAAUUGCGCACCCUUUUUUUAACCUCUUAGCCAGCAACAGUGCAUUGCAGAAUUACCUGUCUCGUCUAAGUAGUGGGAGGAUCUUCGCUCAGCGCUCUGAAGUAAUACAGUACAAGUCCACGGAGUUAUGUACGGCUCCUGUCACCAUCAAUAUGACUGCGUGUCAUACACUCUGUUUACGCGAGGCAAGACGAGUUGCUAUAUUUGGAGGCACACAUGGGAAUGAAAUGUCUGGAGUCUUUCUUGUGAAUCUAUGGAAAGAUAAUGGAACAGAGAUUCAGAGGAAGGGUGUUGAGACAAAACCCUUCAUAACAAACCCUAGAGCCGUGAAGAAAUGCACUAGAUAUGUGGACACGGAUCUAAACAGAGCCUUCACGACAGAAAAUCUCAGCGCCCCUGGUGGAGAGGGUCUGCCCUAUGAGGUUCAGAGGGCCCAGGAGAUCAACAGGAUAUUUGGACCGAAGGGAAGUCCAGAUGCCUUCGAUGUGAUCUUUGACCUCCACAACACCACGUCCAACAUGGGCUGCACUCUGAUUCUGGAAAGCUCUGAUGACCACUUCAACCUCCAGAUGAUGAGUUAUAUCAAGAAAGCCAUAGCUCCAGACAGUUGUCCAGUUCUGUUGACUGAACAUCCUCUACUUAAGUAUGCAACGUCACGCUCAGUGGCCAAGCACCCCAUUGGUCUAGAGGUUGGGCCACAACCUCAAGGAGUGUUAAGGAGCAACAUCUUUGAAGCUAUGCGACUCGUACUGAAACACGCACUGGACUUUAUUGAGCUUUUUAAUUCAGGCAUGGAGUUCUCCCCCUGCACAGUGGACAUUUUCCGAGUCUCAGAAAGGAUGGAUUAUCCUAGAGACACCAACGGAAACAUCGUAGCCAUGGUGCACCCUGAUUUACAGGACUGUGACUGGGAACCCCUGAACCCUGGUGACCCCAUGUUCCAAACGUUUGACGGGAGAACCAUCCGAUACGAAGGUGCUGGCACUGUCUAUCCCACUUUCAUUAACGAGGCUGCUUAUUAUGAGAAACAGCAGGCGUUUGUGGCCACCAGGCGGGAGACCAUAGCAGCCAGUGGUAUCAGGAAAGCAUAGAAGAGAGUUACAUGCCGAGGGAGUUAUUUGUGUUUUAACACAUUGCAAUAAUCACAUUUUUAUGAUGAAAGCACAAUGUUUUACAGAGUAUUUGUUUGGAUUUCUACUAUUUGUUUAAUUGAAUAUUGGAUGAUCACUAACUAUGCAAAGUGAGUAGCACAAAUGAAAGAUUUAAUACUGUGAACAUUUUUGAACCAAAUAAGGGGAUAGUGGUAAUAAAGAUGUAGUGUUUUUACAAUAUAUUACCUUUCUACAAUGCAUUUCUGUAUAAGGCAACUAAUUUUCUAUGAGAUGGAAGUAAUGAAGUGUUGCAUAGGGACUUUUCAUAUGUACUGUAUUAGUGGUACAUUAGUGGCAUCUUAGACUGGAUCUAAUACUUAAAGGUAGACUUAAAUGUGACAGACACAAUAUUACUGCAGGAUCUAACAUUAUGUAUUGAUCAUCUCUGGGACGUGGUGCCCGUUUUCUUUUGAGUCAACUUUUAAGGAAUAGUAUGAAUCAAAUAAAUGUUUCAUAAGCCAGUUGGAAAUCUACCUGCAACUUCUGAGUCUUGCAUUUUCUAUACAGUAUUUUGUGAUAACACAGUUGAUGUUACAUUGUGUGUGGCCUUUCAUUACAAUAACUGAACCUCUUGAGCUACCUUUAAUCCCUGUGGUUGGUAUCUAGAGUAUGGUGCUGUCCCAAUAUUGCCUUAAUGAAGCCUAUACUGUUUGUAAAUUCAGUUGCAAAUUGCAUGACCUUUAAGAUUUGUUUGGAAUAAUAUUGAAUUGGGCUGAAAAUGAAACACAGAAAUGUACAGUUGAAACGUAACAAUAAAGGUGAUUUGUUAUCCUGUG